AUCUCGCGGUGGAGCCAGGCUACGGUCCGGGUGGAGUGUUGCUGUGCCUUGCUGUGACUGGUUAAAGAGAUCGGGGCAGCAGUGCUGAUGUGCCCGCGCGAGGAGGAGGCUGUAGCUGCACUGACAGCCGGCAUUGGUGGCUCCUUUCCGGGCACUGGAAGGAUUUUUGUUGAGUACUUCUUAAGCCGAAACAUGGUGGGCAAGCAAUAAGGCUUGACGGAAGAUGCGACGGGGGUGGUGGCUCGUCAGAUGGCUGGGGACAGGAAUGGCAAUCCUCUCUUUGCUAACCCACAGCUGGGGCCAGAACACAGAAGACUGGCACUAUGAGGAGUGUAAGCUGUCCCGGCCUGGUCCCCCUGCAACCAUAGUCACUGUUGACGAGGAGAGCCCAAAUGGUACAGUUUUGGUGGAAAACAUGCAGAUAAAUGGCCGUGCCCAAGACCCAGGCAGAACCAUCUCACUGACGUUGUUGGAUAAUUAUGACUACUGGGUGAUAUUGGAACCAGCACGGCAAAGACUCUACCUCAACAGCACUGGGCGUUUUCUGGACAGAGAUCCCCCCAACUCCAUCAGCACCAUCGUGGUUCAGGUGCAGUGCACAAAUCAGCUGGUUGGUACUAUCAUCUUGCAUGAGGUACGGAUUGUUGUGAGGGACAGGAAUGACAACGCCCCUCGCUUUCAGCAGCCACGUUACUAUGUUGCAGUAAACGAGCUCACACCACCUGGAACAACAAUUUUCACUGGCUUCUCGGGAAAUAAUGGUGCUACAGACAUUGAUGAUGGGCCUAAUGGACAUAUAGAAUACAGCAUCAUUUACAACCCCAGAGACCCGGCAUCUAACAGAACAGUAGCAGUCAGCAACAGCCUUUCAGGAAGCGUUAUUUUGGCAGAGAGACUAAACUACGAGGACAGAACACGGUACCUGGUUUUGGUCCAAGCCAAUGACCGCGCUCCAUACCCCCCUAACCGACUAACAGCUACCACAACUUUGACUGUGGAUGUCGAGGAUGGAGACGACCUGGGUCCCAUGUUCCUGCCUUGUGUUUUAGUGAACAACACUCGUGACUGCAACCCCCUCACCUACCGUGCUGCUAUCCCUGAAUUCACUGAACCGAGCAAACUGAACCCACUGAAUGUUACCCCUCCGAUCCGUGCUGUGGACAUGGACCGAAAUAUACAGCCCCCAAGUGCCAGACCAAACAUUCUCUACUACAUCCUGGUUGGUGAACCAAACACAUAUGCAGCAUAUUUCUCUUUGAACAAAACCACUGCAGAAAUGCGCGUCCUGCAGCCAAUCAGCCGGGACUUGUAUCAAACAUUCACAUUAGUCAUCAAGGCUGAACAGGAUAAUGGUCAUCCCCUCCCAGCAUAUGCUAAAGUCAUCGUUGAAAUCUUGGAUCAGAACAACCAGGCACCGUAUUUCCAGUUUGCUACCUAUCAGGGCUAUGUGAGUGAGUCCUCCCCAGUUGGUACGACUAUCUCAGCCAGUGCCAACCUUACCGCCCCCCUGGGAAUCGUCGCUUUGGAUAAUGACAUUGAGGAGACAAAAGACCCCAUGGUGACGAUUACCCUGGAUGACUACACCAUGAUCUUCAGCCUGACCCCAACUGGGAUAAUCCGCUACCUGAGGCUCCUCAAACCUGUGGACCGGGAGAAGCAGAUGGCCUAUACUUUCACGAUGGUGGCAUCAGAUGGCGUCCAGCAGAGCAGGCCAGUAACUGUCAACAUCCUGGUCAUUGAUGCCAAUGACAAUACCCCCACAUUUGGAGAGGUCUCCUACAGUGUUGAAGUCUUCACCAACAUGCAGCCGGGGGAGACGGUGCUACAGCUGACAGCAUCAGAUGCAGAUGAAGGGCUGAAUGGUUUGGUGACCUAUGAGAUACUGGCUGGCGCCCAAGGAGAUUUCAUCAUCAGUAAUCGCACUGGACGCAUCACCGUGGCACCUGGUGUCACUUUAACUGUCGGGCGAUCUUACACACUCACUGUCAGGGCCUCAGACAAUGCACCAGAGACCCAGAGAAGGAGCUCCAUCACAACAGUCUACAUCGAGGUUUUGCCACCCAACAAUCAGAGUCCACCACGCUUUCCUCUCCUGACAUACAGCCUAGAAGUCAGUGAAGCUAUGAGGAUAGGAGCUAUUCUGCUCAAUCUGCAGGCCAUAGACAGAGAGAACGAUCCGAUCAGAUAUCGCAUUUUGAGCGGGGAUUCCCAGAAGGUCUUUAACCUCACUGAAACGAUUGGCCUUCUACUUCUGGACAAGCCUCUGGACAGAGAGACAACUGACCAGUACCGUCUGAUUGUCACAGCCUCAGAUGGUCACCCUGGAGGGACAACCACAACUACUGUGAACAUAGUUGUUACUGAUGUCAAUGAUAAUGACCCGAAGUUUGACCUCACCAUACCUUCAAAUUUUUCUGUGCGAGAAGAAGAGGCCAACUUGUUUGUAGGACGAGUAAGGGCCACAGAUCCAGAUGCAGGAGCUAAUGGCCAGGUGCGCUACCGGAUCGUGAAUCAUCCCGACUUGUUUACAAUAAGUGCUAAUGGAAGCAUCUACACACGAGUGCCACUUGAUCGGGAGUCAAGAAGUCAGUAUGACUUGGUGGUUGAAGCCUCGGAUGGGGCAGUAGACCCGCGACGGACCUCUUUCACUGUCUCAGUCCAAGUCACGGAUAUCGAUGACAACAGCCCGGUGUUCUCCCAGCAGACUUAUGUGGUGAAUGUGCCUGAGAACAGCCCUGUGGGAACUGUAGUCCUGCAGCUAAGUGCGGUGGACUUAGAUCUCUUCUCCAAUGUCACUUAUCGGAUCAAGACUGAAUCAGCCAGGCAGCUGUUUUCCCUGAACCCUGUAACAGGGGUGUUAGCUGUACUGCAGACCCUGGACUUCGAGUCCCUGGCAGCUAUGAACAUGGGGGCUUCUUACACAUUCCAGGUAGAAGCUGUCGACCAAGGAGGGGUCAUGCCUCCUGGGCAAGCUACUGUCACAGUCCGCAUCACGGACAUGAAUGACUUCUCCCCCAUUUUUAAGCAAGACCUGUAUAAAGGCAUGGUGGCACCCAAUGCAGAGAAAGGAACAGUCAUUACCACAGUUUAUGCUGAGGACCAAGACCCACCAGGUACUCCGGCCAGUUUGGUUCGCUACAGAGUGGAUCUGAACAGAUCGCCAUACAGUGGGAGUAUUUUUGAUGUGGAAGCAGAAACAGGGAGAAUUAUCACUAAGGUCAACCUCAAUGAAGAGCCCAGUGUCACCUUUAACCUCUUUGUGAUAGCCUAUGACAAUGGGGAGCCAGUGAAGUCUAACAGCACUUUGGUGGAGAUCACAGUCCUUCAGCCUUCUCGCAUCCCAAUCUUCACCCAGGAAGAGUACACGUUCCCUCCAGUUAGUGAGCUGGCUCCUAUUGGCACUUCAGUAGGGAUUAUUCUUGCUGCUGCUAUCAAUCAAACCAUCUUCUACUCCAUUGUUGCAGGAAACGAACGAGGUCAUUUUCAGGUGAACAACAGGACAGGCGUCAUCUCCACGGCAAAACCACUGGAUUAUGAAAACGUGACCAGCUAUGUCCUCAGGGUCCAGGCCGACUCAAUGGUGGUUGUCAUGUCCAACCUCCGUGUGCCUUCUAAAACUAACACAGCCAAGGUGUUCAUUGAGGUUCGGGAUGAGAACGACCACCCUCCUGUCUUCUCCAGGAAGCUCUACAUAGGCGGUGUGGCAGAAGACACUAAGAUCUUCAGCUCAGUGCUCAAGAUAGUGGCCACCGAUAAGGACACUGGGAAUUACAGUGCCAUGGCAUACCGCCUCAUCAUCCCACCCACCCCAGAGGGCCAGGACAGUUUUGUCAUUGAGACCUACACAGGUAUCGUCAAGUCGGCCAUCAUGUUUCGGAACAUGCGCAGAUCCUACUUCAAGUUCGAGGUUAUUGCUACUGAUGACUAUGGAAAAGGUCUUAGCAGCAGCGCUGAAGUGGUGGUUUCUGUGGUCAACGCAUUGGACAUGCAGGUUGUUGUGUCCACUGUCCCACCCACUUUAGUGGAAGAGAAGAAGGAAGAGCUCAUUAGUAUUCUGGAGCGCCACGUCCAGGACCAGAUUCCAGGUGCCAAGGUGAUUGUAGAGGCUAUCGGGCCACGUCGCCAUGGUGAUGGCUUUGAGUUAGAAGACUACUCUAAGUCGGACCUGAUGGUAUACGCCAUUGACCCACUCACGAACAGGGCCAUUUCACGUCAGGAGCUUUUCAAAUUUCUCGAUGGGAACGUGCUGGAAAUCAAUAAGGAGUUUCAGCCAUACCUGGGUGAAGGUGGCCGCAUUCUUGAGAUUCGCUCCCCAGAUAUUGUGGCCAGUGUGAAGAAGGCUGCCCAGGCUGUCGGCUACACAGAGGGUGCCCUCCUGGCCCUGGCGAUCAUCAUUAUCCUUUGCUGCAUCCCUGCCAUUCUCAUCGUCAUGGUCACCUACAAACAGUUCAAAGAGCGACAAGCAGAGUGUGCCAAAACUGCCAGGAUUCAGAUGGCUUUACCACCGGGAGGGAAAGCAGCUCCGGCAGCUGCUCCCACUGCUAACCUCUAUGAAGAGUUGGGCGACAGCAGCAUGAGGCGAGGGUACGGCCGACAGCAACAGCAACUGCUGAGGCCAUCUCUUCUGAGACCUGAGGAACUCUCCAUGGAGUCAGGUAUCGACCCAGGCCAGGACUACUACACACAGGACUACUAUAAUUAUGACCAGGGGUACGACUUUCCUCAGUUCGGCAGUCGGCGGAGGCUGAUAUCACCCAUGUAUGAUGAAUAUGGAGAGGUUAUUGUGGAGGAUGAUGGGUAUUACUACAGUCCACAUGGCCCUGAGGGCCGGGGCAGAGGCAGGGGCCGUGGUGGCAUGCGAGGUAGAGGUCCGCAGAAGAGAGUUGCAUUUAGGGAUUUGCCACCAGAGGAUGAAAUUGAACAAGCUGAGCCAGCAGAGGAGGGUGAGCCUUCUAAGGCUGCCAAGAAACUGAAGUCUGUCAUGAAACUCAGCAAACUUCUGGCUGCCAGCAAGGGAGGAGAACAGCCAUCUGAUGCCAGUGCUUCUGGCACAUCUCCAUGGAAAAAAGCCAGGAUGUUCAAGAUGUUUGGCGCCGGGAAGACGGACAAGGAUUAUGCCAAACUGAUGUCUGCUCGCCGUAUUGACAGCCAGGAAAGUCUAGCUGAUGGACCAGCAGUUAUGGGACCAAUAGACAGCAAGUCUGAUGCCCGUAGCAAGCUUGGGAAAGUCUUGAGGAAAAUCAACUUGGGCACAAAGUUGCAGGUCCGAAGAAAGUCACAGAGUAGUGUCAGUCGUGGCUCAGCCACUGGCAGUGAACUAGAUGAGGAAGCCUCACAAGCAGCUAGUGAGGAUGAAAGAAAGUCUAAAGUGUCCAUUAGUGUGACAGAAAGUGAGCCAGAAGCAGGUGCUAGUGGAAGCAGUAAAGAGAAGGGCUCUGACGAUGAAACCUCAGAGAAAAGCAGUGUUGACAGAGAUUAUCUCAAAGUUGAUUUAGACCGGGAUGAUGCCAAUGAAAGCACCGUGGACUCAGACGAAGAGCCUGAUGAAGAGCCAGGAGAUUCCGAUGAGGAAAGCAAGUCCAAGUCUGAAGAAGAGACGGAUAAGGAAUCUGCCAGUGAGAAAGAAUCAGAGUCAGAGAAGGAGUCAGAAUCAGAGAAGUCAUCAGCUACAGAAAAAGAGUCAGAAACCGAGAAAGAGUCAGAAACCGAGAAAGAGUCAGAAACCGAGAAAGAGUCAGAAACCGAGAAAGAGUCAGAAACCGAGAAAGAGUCAGAAACCGAGAAAGAGUCAGAGUCUGAGGAAGAAACAGAAUCACGAACAGGCUCAGCAACAGAGGGGGGAACAAGCACAGAAAAGGAUUCAGAAACAGAGAAAGACUCUGAAGACGAGUCUGAGGAAGCUUCAGGGAGCACUAGAGAAAGUGGCUCGUCUGUUCGUUCUUCCACGAGAUCCUCUGCGACUGAAGCCAGCAAGGGGAGUAGUACUUCUGGAAAGAGUGUCAGUGGGAGUGCCAGUGUCAGUGGUAGCAGAAGUACAAGUGAGAGUGGCACUGGUGGCACAUCUUUAUCUGGCUCAAGUGUUAGAUCAUCAGUAGUAACCUCAGAGAAGUCCAGCGGGGACCUCAGUGAAGCCGAGUCGGGGACAGGGACAGCCAGUGAGCCAGAGUCAGGUUCAGGAAGUGAAGGCUCAUUAUCUCGGUUCAGCCAGAGAAAAAUGUCUGGUUCAGACGUGAGUUCUUUGGGCAGUGUGAGCUCAGCUGGUUCCAAGUCAACUAGUGGCAGCCGAAGUUCCCGAAAGUCUAUUGUGAGCCAUGGAUCUGAGGACACAAUCACAGAGGAAAGUGAAGAGGAGGAUGAGGAAGACUCUGAGGCUGAUGACGAGAGCAAAGAGUCCACCAGCGAACUCAGUGAUGCAGGGUCAUCUAGGAGAUCCAGUGUGGCAUCCGGAGACCCUGGGCCCUCUACGUCCUACACUGGUCCUCCUGCCCGCUCUGAGAUCAGAAGCAUUGGUGAUACUUCGGAAGAGACAUAUGGAGGACUAUCCCCUAUCACAGAGGUGGACGAGGAUGCCAUCUCCUCUGACAGAUCUUCAGUCAGGGACUCUGGAUCAGGGACCCGCAGUGCAUCAAAGAGCUCAGAAGAAACUGUAGAAACAUCCGAUGCUGAUUCAGAUUCUGAGGGAAAGUCAACUGCCUUCUAGAGAGAUGUAUUGUCCACUGUGAAGUAAGAGUGAAUAAAAUCAAUUACCCUUGCAUGGGAGUGAAGAAAUAUUGCUUGCCUCUAGAGAGUGUUUCAAACAUUCACUUUUUCCUCAUUUCCCCUUAGCAAGAAAGGACCUGAUUUUCCUGCUGCAAUAUUGGAAUCUCUCUUUCUCACAUCUUUGGCUUUCUGUUCUCUUUGAUGUUUUCAUGCCGUGUUUCUAGAGUGGAAAUUUGCAUGUCAAAACACUAACUUAUUGCUCAGUGUGUUUUUUGGGAGGUUGUGUUUCUUGUGAUGUUCAAAUUAUUACUGUGUGGUUGUAGUUUGCUAUGGAAACACAAGAUUUUUCACUAAAAUCCAAGUCUAGCACAGAACAGGAACUUAAAAAAAUGAUAAAACAGGUUUUUAGCCAGGUUCUGAUUUAAACAGUUACUGCAAAUUCUAUUCAAAACAGCUUUUAUUCCAGUUCUUUUUAAUUAUACAGUACUUGUUUCCGUGUGUGGGUUUUUAAAAAAAUAUUUUUCACUUACUGCACCCUCUUAAAAAAAGUAAAUAUAAUGACAAUAACC